CCCCGCGCUCGGGGGCGCUGAGCCGCCCAGCUACCCUUCCGCGCUCCUGCUCCCGAGCGAGCUGGGCGCAGCCCGCAACCCAGCCGCGAGCGCCGGGCGGGGGAGCGCGCAUGGCCUCUGCGGGCGCUCGGCGGCUGCCGGCCGGGAUGCACGCGGCUGCCCAGCACCCUGGCUGCCUCUCGCUCCGCCCGGCCCCGCCCCUAGGCCCUCCGGGAUCGCUGGGACCAAUAAGGCUUCUGAUCUCCUGCAGCCUCUUCUUGCCUCGCGCUGCGCAGGCCUUGGCAGCUGAGGCCGGUUUACCCCGGAGUCGUUCCUUCAUGGGCUUUGCUGCCCCCUUCACCAACAAGCGAAAAGCCUACUCGGAGCGCAGGAUCAUGGGGUACUCAAUGCAGGAGAUGUAUGAGGUGGUAGCCAACGUCCAGGAGUAUCGUGAGUUUGUGCCCUGGUGUAAGAAGUCUCUGGUGGUGUCCAGCCGAAAGGGUCACCUGAAGGCUCAGUUGGAGGUUGGCUUUCCACCUGUCUUGGAGCGCUACACCUCUGCAGUUUCCAUGGUCAAACCUCACAUGGUCAAGGCUGUUUGCACUGAUGGAAAGCUCUUCAACCACUUAGAGACUAUUUGGCGAUUCAGCCCUGGUAUUCCUGCCUAUCCCCGAACCUGCACUGUGGACUUUUCGAUUUCCUUUGAAUUUCGCUCUUUCCUGCACUCCCAGCUGGCCACCAUGUUUUUUGAUGAGGUUGUCAAACAGAAUGUUGCUGCUUUUGAGCGCCGGGCAGCCACCAAGUUUGGUCGAGAAACAGCCAUCCCUCGUGAACUGAUGUUCCAUGAGGUGCACCAGACUUGAGGCAAGGGAUUGUUCCCUAGCCUCCGCUUACUCCUCUUCCAACCCAAUUCUCUUAUUUAUUUGGUUUGGCUCCUACUCCAAUCUGAGGAGUCUGUUCUUCCUAAUUCCCCAGAAAUUAGGCCCUGCACUGGUUGGAAAUCCUGGGGAAAGACAGAGGUUAUGGAAACUACACAUGCCUAGGAAAGAGGUUUAUCCUAAAAGUCCGGUAUGUUUGCAGCCUGUUCACACUGUGUGGUUGUCUCUGGGUCCUGUCAGGACACCUCAGUAGCUGACCAGGAAAAGAAUAACUUCUUGAACCCUUGAAUAAAUUUGGGUUUUUUCUCUGGCAGAGAUACUGGGUAGUAAGUAACUUUUGCCCUGCCUGAGACUCCUCAGGAAAAAACACAACCCGUCUUCAGCUUGAAAUCCACCUUGCCUCAGUUCAAGAACAUUUCCAAGCAUUUCCAAUAUUUCUAAGCCGAGUGUGCAGGUAUAUGCCUCUAAUCCCAGCACUCGGGAAGCUGAGGCAGGAACAUCACUAGUGUGAGAUCAGGCUGAGCUAUAUAGUGAGUUCAAGGCUGGCCUGGACUACAUAGUGAGAUUCUGUCCUAAAAAAAAAAAAAAAAAGAGGAAACAGUAUUUCUGUGCUGCUGCUGAGUAGAGUGAGUAACUGUCUUACCGUAUCAGUGCCACAGGGCCAAAGAAAAACACCAAACAGGGCUGGGGAUUUAGCUCAGUGGUCCCGCCACCUGCCCUGCAAGCGCCAAGAACCGGAGUUUGAUCCUUGGUACCAAAAAAAUAAAAACACUAGAGUUGUCUUUGUAUUUUUGGAUUGCACCUUAACUCUUCCACUUGGCCUAAAUUUUUAUAAAAUUUAAAUAAAUUGUGACAGUGUGAA